GAAGUGAAUUUCUGUCGUGACGUUGAGCGCGUAAUUCCCUAGACAUUAACAACCAUGGAGACAGAAAAACUUCCCGUUGAAACUAACCCAUCAGUCCAAGAGUCUCCACCAAAACCAAAGAUUGGAACCGGUCUCAAAAGAACGAUCACUGGGUUAUCAAUGUUAGCAGGAUUUGGUCUUGUAGUAUACGGCGGAGUUCCUUUCAUUACAGUCACCGGACUGUUUAUUCAAUUUAAAUGUUUUCAGGAAAUCAUCAAAAUUGCCUACCAAAUCAAAAAAAUUCCCGAUGUUCCGUUUUUUAGGACAAUCAAUUGGUAUUUUGUAAUUACAGCUAAUUAUCUGUUAUUUGGAGAAUUAUUAGCUAAAUAUACUCAAGUAUUUAUUAAGAAGUACUAUCUUCUAAAAGUUCUUGCUAGAUACCAUAGAUUCAUGUCAUUUAUUUGGUACUUUAUUGGUAUAAUUUGGUUUUUAACCAUGUUAAAAAAGAAACUUAUACGCCAACAGUUUAGUUUAUUAUUUUGGACACAUUUCCUUGUUAUGAUGGUUAGUCUGCAGUUGUACUUGACUUACCAAAAUAUGUAUGAAGGUCUGAUUUGGUUAAUCAUUCCAUUGUGGUUAGUUAUACUUAAUGAUGUAUUUGCUUAUGUGUUCGGAAAAUUUUUUGGUAAGACACCUUUAAUAAGUCUUUCCCCCAAUAAAACACUAGAGGGCUUUGUACUUGGAGGUCUUAGCACUUUUAUACUAGGCAGUAUAUUAGCAUGGAUUUUUUGUCACUUUCAAUAUUUAGUUUGUCCAAUAAAAUAUAUAGAGGUUGAUGAUAACAUUGUUGCUUCUACAAAUUGUACCAGAAGUUACGUUUUUGAACCAAUUCCUUAUCAUAUAGGAAAUACAGGCUUUUCAAUAAAUUAUUAUCCCUUCAUCCAGCAUUCCUUAUUUAUGUCGGUAUUUGCUAGUAUUAUAGCUCCUUUCGGAGGAUUCGCAGCCUCUGGUUUCAAAAGAGCUAAUAAAGUCAAGGAUUUCGGUGAUCUCAUUCCAGGCCAUGGGGGCAUUAUGGACAGAUUCGACUGCCAGUUUUUGAUGAUGACUUUUGUCAACGUAUAUAUAAGCUCGUUUAUAAAAACACCAGACGUUGAUUUAGUGUUUCAGCAAAUACUGAAUCUAAACGAAAAUGCACAAUUGGAAUUUUAUAAGUUACUGAAAGAUUCUUUACAUGAAAGACUUUUAGAUAGCUGAUUUGUGAUUAAUAUUAUUUCUAUAUUCUUAGUGAUUGUGAUGUUGUUGUUAAAUUAUAUUUUUUAUAAUAAAAUAUUAUCUUUUAUGUC